AUGGUGUUCCAACUCCCGUCGGCUGUCGACGCAGACGCCGCCGGGGUCAUCUUCUAUUCUUUCGUCUGUCUGAUAGCCAACAUCCUGUUGGUGUGGCUUACCUGGACUCACAAUGACAGGACGAGCUAUAUCGCUUGCAUUGCUUAUGCUACGCUCAUCGUCACCAUGACGAGCAUUGCUCAACAAUUUUACGACUACGCAUACUGGAGGGACAUCUUGACCGAUCAGUUUUACUACGCCAGGGACAAUGCCGACAACGCGGAAGUCCAAUAUCACAAGGGUUCUCGGGGUGUCAAACUCAUCCUCAGCUACAUCCGAAUCUUCGGCUUCACUAUUGAAUCUACUUUUGUUUUCUUCUUCGCUUUGUCAUUAGCAGCCAGUGUAUAUGGCUGGUUCGCGACGACACCAAGGACCACUCGUACCAUCUCCAUCAUCGGCAGGGUCCUGCCCUUUAUUCUUACCGCCCUAACCGUCGGCUUGAUGCACUCGCCGGUGGCACAAGGCUCAUUUCUUGUAUACAUGGUCAUUGCUAAUUCUCAAUUCGUGCUCAGCCUGUUGGGCAGUGCUAUCCUACUACUUAUGAUCUUGUUCAAAUACGUCCAUUCGCGCCGAAACCUUCAAACCUGGAACGUACUUUAUGGCAACGCAGCAUCCCUCACAAGCAGCAAUGCCCACAGCAGCAAGUCUCGAUCUGUCUGGCUCGGAAGCAGUGGCGGUGGUCGAAGUCGGGCAUACAGCGGCGCUGGCGCCAACAACACCUACGACAGCUGGCUUGUGAUCCGACUUUCCAUCGCGUUCGCGGUUCUUUGCGUAUUCGAGUACACAAACGUCAUCCCACGCAUCGCGGCAGCAAGCCAUACCGUUGACAGCGCAGACGACCUGGCGCCCGACCUAAGUGUCAAACGAGCAUUAUCCAGCGUUCGAGGUUAUGUUUCCGGUGUCACCCCGAGUCUGGUCGCGUUCCUGGUGUUCGGAACGACGAAGACAUUCCAACGAAAGAUCUACGAGACAUUCAUUCCGAAGCGGUUCCAGAGGAAAAGAAAGCCAAGGAAGAACUUGUCGAUUUCCCUCGGCAACUCCAGGCCUUCUCCGCACAUGCCGGCGUCUCAGCGACCGGUCCAGCAAGUUGACGAGUUCUCACUCAACGACAUGAAUCCGAAGUUUACCACGACGGUCAACUACAGCCCUCAGUACCCGAACGAUGGCAACGUCAGCCCCAGGGUUCCGCAUGGCGCACAUUCGAACUCGAGAGUAAACACACCGAGCUCAAUAUCUCAGCAAAACGACAUCAAGAAAUUCAUCUUUCUCUUCAACUCGAAUAUUUUCGUCACAAUGGUAGUCGUUGCUGUAGCUGGAGGCACGGGAAGCGUGGGCAAGACCAUUGUCGAGCAGCUUCAGCUCAGCCAGAAACAUGAAGUCAUCGUCCUCGGUCGCAAGAUACCAAGCAAAUCGUCUGCAGAUGCCCCUCACUUUGUUGAGGCUAACUAUGAAGACGUUGACUCCUUGAUCAAGCUUUUGGAAUCUCACAAUGUCGAUACGAUCAUCAACGCCAUCAUCCUCCACGAGGGCACCCUUCAGGCCCAACUAAAUCUAAUUGAGGCUGCGGACAAAUCAAAGAAUACGCGAAGAUUCAUUCCGAGCGAGUUCGGAGUCAUCACGACCCCAGAUCUAGCAGAGACCGAGCCUGAUUUCGCCGCGUUGCGGAUCAAGAGUGCCGAUGCGCUGAAGGCUUCUGGGCUGCAGUACACGCGCUUCGUGAACGGUUUCAUGAUGGAUUAUUGGGGCAUGCCGAACAUCAAGACCAACAUGGCCCCAUACGCCUGGGCUGUGGAUGCAGCAAAUCGCCGAGCUGCGAUUCCCGGUUCGGGCGACUACACCGUCAGCUUAACAUACUCUGUCGAUCUGGCCAGAUUUAUCGUCCGGUCUCUGGACUCUCAGGACUGGCCCGAAUGGAGCGUCCUCGCGGGGUCGGAUCUCACCAUCAACCAACUCUUAGCGGCGACCCAGAAAGUCCGCGGGGAUUUCCACGUUGUCUACGAUGCCGAAGAGAAGCUACGGAACAACGAGGCGACAUUACUCGUCGGUGACGGAAAUGUGGCGAGGGAGUGGGUAGACAUGACUGCCCAGUUCGGCAGGUUUGCUGUGGACGGUCGGUUUCAUAUGCCCCUUCAGAAUCGCCUCAAUGACAAGUACCCCGAUAUCCAUCCUAUGACUAUCGAGAGGCUUCUGCGGGAGGCUUGGACGGACAAGCCAUAG